AAAGACCACAAAACCAACUGAAAAACAGAUUUCACAACACAAAAAGAAAACAUGUCAUUCGCCGUAAAUCUUUCUCCGGUCACCCUCCGAUUACCGGAAAUUAGCUCCGGAAAAGAUACUUCCGGAAAACACAUGAUAUGUUCUUACAGAAAGAGACCCAUUUUGUCAUUUGCCACAAGCAACUCCACUGCAGAAUCACCACCACCGGAAAUUGAGCUUGAAUUUCUUGGGCCAAAGCCUGGUGGAGAUGGGAAGUAUCCAGUGGAUAGAGCGUCAGUGGUGAGCGGAGAGAAGCUUUUGAGGACUAUUAUGGCGGAUAACAAACUUGAGCUUUACGGGACGUAUGGAAAACUGAUGAAUUGUGGGGGUGGUGGAAGUUGCGGCACUUGUAUGGUUGAGGUUGUAGAAGGAAAGGAGCUUUUAAAUGAGAGAACAAAUACCGAACUGAAAUACUUGAAGAAGAAACCUGAGUCAUGGAGGUUGGCGUGCCAGACCAUAGUUGGAAACAAAGAAAACUCUGGCAAGGUAGUGAUUCAGAGGCUACCUCAACAAAAGAAGUGAUCUCAAGACUCUGUUUAGAGAGUCUCCUUGUCGAUAAUACAUAUAUCUCUUGUUCGUGUUGAUGGUUGGGAUAGAGAAGUAACAUAAAUCUUAUGGUAUGCUUUAGAAAACUCAACCGUUGCAACACAUGAAUAUGUCUGUGGUUACUUCCUGUAAAAAUGCUACAAAUAGGUUAACUUAUGGAACAGUGAACCAGUUAACUGUUGGCAGAAUGAUCUUAUUCUUGAUAAUAUGAUUGAAAGCAUAUAGAUUCAAAA